AUGGCGGGCGAGCGACCAGUUCCUCAACGUCUCGUUGUCUGUGUAGAUGGCAUAUGGUGCGAUACAGACCAGUCCUUGCUAUCUGCCAGCGACAACCAAAACACGACGAACGUGUACCGUCUAUUCGCCUCCGUCUACGGCGGGGAAAUCACCGAUGACAAUGGGAAAAGAUUCCUACAGCAGAAGCGUUACUUCAAUGGGAUCAAAUCUCAUGACCGCGGCUUAACGAUGCCUAGUGCAAUCGCAUCCGGGAUUUCGGAUAAUAUCAGGGAAGUCUACCGAGACUGUUGUCGAUUGACCGGGCCUGAAGAUGAAGUAUGGCUCUUUGGCUUCGGGCGGGGCGGCUUUGUCGUCCAGGCUGUGGCGGGGUUACUUUACCAUAGUAUCGCAGAAGGCAAGGGAGAGCAGGCCUUGGAGAUGGUCAGCGUGAUUCAGAACUUUCGCCAUGCAUUGGCUUUGAAUGAACUUACGCUUGCAGAACACGUAUUCAACACCCCCCGAUUCAAUAUGAACCAGGAACUGCAACGGAACCUGGCUGGGCAAGCCUGGUUUGUAGGUAGCCAUAAAGACAUCGGGGGAUCCUCUGCAAGAGAUGGGUUGUCGCUGUAUCCACUUCAGUGGAUGGUCAGCGAAAGCAAGAUGCUAGGUCUGAAGUUUGGAUCUGCUGAAUUCGCCGGCGAUCGGGCCAGUCUUAUGGAUCCUAUCCUGCUCAGAAUUCUCGAAGGCCAUGGCAAUCCUUGGAGUUGUACUACGGACAAUGGGAUACGUUUCGAAAUGGCGGAUAUCCAAAUGUUGCAUGAGGAUGAAAGAUACAGUGUUCGACACGGUCUAGCGAAGCCCAAGGGCGGUGUUCAGAAAGAGAGAAUCCGGACCCCCUUUGAUAAGGGUGGCGGACUGCAGAGCUAUUCUUCAGGCACUACUAUUCACCCCUCCGUCUACCUCCUUCUCGACAGGUACAUUGGCAUUGGAUUGGACAUGCAGAAGUUCCCCUUCUAUGACAACUUGGAAAAGUGGAGGUACAAAAUUUUGGGACAGGAUGUGGAUUUUCCGAAUCAAGGGUUCUGGAACGACGCGGCAAUACAGGACUACAAAGACUUCGGACCUCUUCGCAUUUUAGUUUGCGGCAACACUGGGGUCGGGAAAUCCUCACUGAUCAAUAAGGUAUUUGGCGUGCCUGAUAGUGAAGAGGUGACCAAAAGCUCUAACAACGUUCGAGCCGAAUAUGCGAAAGAUAUUCCAGUCAUUGUGAUUGCCACGAAGAAGGAUGACUUCGAAAAGAUUCAUUUCAGUGACGGAGUGAUGUCAGCGUUGGCCCAGGGCCAGACGCCUGAUUAUGAGAAUCUGGCUCAAUUUGCGCGCGACCAAGUCAAUAGGCGGCUCCGCGAUCUCGAGAAGCUGAUCAUGAAUUUGGAUGGCGGCCGCUUCGAUGUUUGCGUUGCAGUGUCAAAAGACGAUGAUAAAUCGAUUCAAAGCCUGGUAUGUGAUACCGCGGAAUGCUUUUCUCAUGAGAAGAUCAGACUCCUAUACAUUCGGGCUCAGGUUGCGCGCCUUGAUCUGAAGGUGGAUCUAGCCCUGGAGAGUGUUAUGGCCAUCUACAAGAACGUCGUACGCAGAUCCACUUUGACGGCCGGAUUGCCCGCAGCAACCCCCGUGAACCGAAAGUUAGCCGCAAUCAAGCUUUGUGAAGCUAUUCUCUCCUGCUUCGGGAUCCCAGGAGUCGAUGGAAAGACUGCUUUCGAUGUUUACGGGCGGAACAUAUUCGACAAAGAAGGCAACAGUAUCGCGACAGCGACAGCUGAAGCGAUCGCUGCCGUCUCAGCUAUCACGACCGGAAUCUUUUUAGGGAUACCAUUCUUUCUAAUUUCCGCCGGUUCCAAUGUUCCUCUUGUUGUACCAACCACAGCAAGACUCAUACUGAUGCUGGCAUGCGAUCUGAUCCUUAUGUUCAGCAGAGGAUUUCAGGAGGCAUCAGGAAAAUGCAACACUCAACCUCAGUUGGCAGACUUGGAGAAAGCCGCGGCUGCAUAUCAGGCACACUCUCCGCGAGUCCAUAAAAUGGUCAAGGCUCUUGUUCCAGGUGUCAGCAUGUGCUUCAGGAUGGACAAAAUCAAGCUUGGAAUCAAGGAGAUUCUGCAGGAUUCAAGACAGUUCUUUGCUGGAGAUAACGCAGCGCCUCCAGCCACACCCAGGCCCUCGUCAGACUCGUGGAACGAGCUUGCGAGUUUGCAAGAUACAAUCACGGAGGAUAUUACGACCAUUGAGCAAACAGGUGAAGAUAUUGUGGGGCAAGCGGAUAGGAGUGAUUCCGCAUCUUUGUUUGAUAUGCAGAGUAUGAAGACGGUCAUGCGCGAGUUAAUGGAGGCGAUGCCCUCCGCUAGAGAUAUGGUUGUCAUCAAUGCAACUUCUAUACUUAUGGACGACACCAAGAACGCACCCACUUAG